ACAGGGAGACUAGCUGAUGUGCGAAAAUUGGGGAAACUGAGACAGCCGGCUAGCCUGAGAAACCGCAUUUCUUGUGAAGGGGACCGUGGUGUGACCGUGUGUGUUCCCGGGAUCUUAAAUUAUAAGCAGGAGGGGGAUGAGGCAAGAGGGAAGCAAACUUCAAAAGGAGCAAAUAACAAAAGCCUUCUUUGCUGCCCUGGAACGGGGUGUGUGUGUGGGGGGGGCAGUAGAAAGAAAAGAAAGUUGCUGAAUCGAGACAUUCUGGAAUUGUCAGUGCUGGGCAGCCUGGCCCCAUCCCCGCCUCCCGCUCCCUGAACCAGGCCCGAAGUCGCCGGUCCCUGCUCCAAGAGCAGGUUGGAGGAAGGACGAGAGAGAGAGAGAGAGAGAGAGAGAGAGAGAGAGAGAGAGAGAGAGACGGAGGGAGAAAGAGCAGGAGAGAGCAAGCGAAUGCACUCGUCUGCAAGAGGAGGAAAAAAAGAAAGAAAAAAGGAAUCGUAGCAAGUCAUCCAAAAAAAAUUUUUUUUCCAUGAGAAGAGGAAAUUUUUGGCUUAAAAAAAGUUGCUACUCCUGGCAGCCCUGUUUGUCAAAAGGGGAUGUCAAGCGCUUUACAAUACCUGGGAUUGAUGAGGCGGGCGGGCCAAUGAGCUGCGCGCAGCAACUCUGCGCGCCCUCCGUUGGCACGGCGGCCAAGGGAGGGGGGAGCGCGCUCCGGCCAAUGGGCGGCCGCGCCCGCGGCACGUGACGCCUCCCCCUGCUCCCAUUCAUCAAGGGGGGGACGGUGUCGUCCUUUCAAUUCAUUUAUCUGCAGGAAUGAUUGCUGCUAUCAGUCUCGAGCUCACCGCCCGGCGGAGGAGGUGAAAGUUUCUCCCCAGGAAGAUAAACCGCAAAAGACAAUAUUGUGUAUGAUUUGCGCCUUUUCUUUGGCAUUUUCUUUCUUUCUUUGCUCUCCCUCCCUCUGCCCCCCCCUUUUUUUUGCAAAAAAAAAAAAAGGCAGAGGGGGGAAAGGAGAGAGAAGAAGCGAGGAGUCAAGCCGGAGAGGAGAGAGAGAGAGAGAGAAAGAGAGAGAGAGAGAGAGAAAGAGAGAGAAAGAGAGAGAAAGAGAGAGAGAGAAAAGAAAGGGCGAGGGGUUGGUUGGAGAAGUGAGGAGGGGCGGCCGACGGAGGCGGAGAGCGAGCGGGGCGAGCGGCCGCGGCUCGGGCGCUCACAUUCCUCUAUGCUGCGCAUCCGGGAGGAAGUUUUUUUGGGGGGCUGAGAUGCACCGCGCCUGUCUCCGGCCGCCAGCCUUGACGCGGGGUCCUCUCCGCCGAGACUGAGCGGCGAGCCGAGCCGGGCCGGCGGGGUCUGCAGGGCGGGCGCCGGAGCCAGCCUCGCUCGCGGCCCGCAGCCGUCCCGCUUCCCCGGCGCUCGGCUCGGCGGGCUCCCCGGGGCGCCCCGGCGCUGCCAGCGGGCCCGGACUUCGCGAGGUGGGUCGACUCCCCCUCCCUCCUAUCCUCCUCUCCUCCUCCUCUUCUUCUUCCUCCUCUUCCUCCGCCUCCCUUUCCUCCUCCUCCCGAUUUUCCCUCCUCGGCAGGCGAGGGUGGGGGGCCCGGGGGAGGCCGGGGCUCGCCCCGAGCUGCCACGAUGCUCCUGGACGCCGGCCCCCAGUACCCCGCGAUCGGCGUGACCACCUUCGGCGCGUCCCGCCACCACUCGGCGGGCGACGUGGGCGAGCGCGACGUGGGCCUGGGCAUCAACCCGUUCGCCGACGGCAUGGGCGCCUUCAAGCUGAACCCCAGUUCGCACGAGCUGGCUUCGGCCGGACAGACGGCCUUCACGUCGCAAGCUCCCGGCUACGCGGCCGCUGCCGCCCUGGGCCACCACCACCACCCGGGCCACGUCGGCUCCUACUCGAGCGCCGCCUUCAACUCCACCCGGGACUUUCUGUUCCGCAACCGCGGCUUCGGCGACGCAGCGGCCAGCGCGCAGCACAGCCUGUUUGCCGCCUCGGCCGGGGGGUUCGGGGGGCCCCACGGCCACACGGACGCGGCGGGCCACCUGCUCUUCCCCGGCCUGCACGAGCAGGCUGCCGGCCACGCGUCGCCCAAUGUGGUCAACGGGCAGAUGCGCUUGGGCUUCUCGGGGGACAUGUAUCCGCGGCCGGAGCAGUACGGCCAGGUGACCAGCCCGCGCUCCGAGCACUACGCCGCGCCCCAGCUGCACGGCUACGGGCCCAUGAACGUGAACAUGGCCGCGCACCACGGCGCCGGCGCCUUCUUCCGCUACAUGCGCCAGCCCAUCAAGCAGGAGCUCAUUUGCAAGUGGAUCGAGCCUGAGCAGCUGGCCAACCCCAAAAAAUCGUGCAACAAAACUUUCAGCACCAUGCACGAGCUGGUCACGCACGUCACCGUGGAGCACGUCGGCGGCCCCGAGCAGAGCAACCACAUCUGCUUCUGGGAGGAGUGUCCCCGAGAGGGCAAGCCCUUCAAAGCCAAAUACAAACUGGUCAACCACAUCCGAGUGCACACCGGCGAGAAGCCCUUCCCCUGCCCCUUCCCUGGCUGCGGCAAGGUCUUCGCGCGCUCUGAGAACUUGAAGAUCCACAAAAGGACGCACACAGGGGAGAAACCCUUCAAAUGCGAGUUUGAGGGCUGUGACCGCCGCUUUGCCAACAGCAGCGACCGCAAGAAGCACAUGCACGUGCACACAAGUGACAAGCCCUAUCUCUGCAAGAUGUGUGACAAGUCCUACACGCACCCCAGCUCGCUGCGCAAACACAUGAAGGUCCACGAAUCCUCCUCGCAGGGCUCGCAGCCGUCGCCGGCCGCCAGCUCAGGGUACGAGUCGUCCACGCCUCCCACCAUCGUGUCUCCCUCCACAGACAACCCGGCCACCAGCUCCCUGUCGCCCUCCUCCUCCGCCGUCCACCACACAACUGGCCACAGCGCGCUCUCUUCCAAUUUUAACGAAUGGUACGUGUAAACACCAGAAAGCAGACACCCAACAACAACAACAACAAAAAGCACCCUAUUUAAGAGACUGAUCGCACUCCCCUACACACAACUCUUCUCGCUGAGAGAACCCUGUGAAUGAAAACAGCACUCCCCAGACUCCCCCACCCCCACCCCCACAAUCCCAUUUUUUUCAGACCUGCCAGUAGACCCAGGACCGAGUAAGAGAGAGGAAACACUAUACCUUCAUCCACCCCCGCCCCCGUGUCUUUAUUUUCUUAUUUUCUGGUUCUUUCCCCCCUUUUCUCUUUCUUUCGUAUUUUUAUUUUUGGCAAAGGUUUGGUAGCCUAGGGGGUUGGGGGGAGGGGGGUUCGAGGAGCGGGCGGCUAUGGGACCAAAGGCCGCCAACCUUUAGGGCCAGUUUCUCCCCCAUAUUGGAACAGGCUCAGAGGGACUUCGGUUUAAAUUUUUUCUUCAUUCUUUUUCUUGCGUUCUUUGGGCUUUGCAUUCUUGUAAAUACAGAAUUAUUAGCUUACAGCUGUACUGUUGGAAUCUGUAAAUAGUUAUAUCUCGGUUGGAGCGGGCGGGCGGGAUCGUGGCGUUGUGGUCUUUGCAUUUGGGGGAGGGGGGAGGGGGAGGGUGGGAGGGGGGAGGGGGGCGGGAGGCCUCAAAAGCCAACUGUUUGUACUGAAUGGCAAGAAUGUUCUAGUAAAUGUGUACCAAAAUGUGAAUUAUUUUGUAUGAUUACAGUCUCCACGUCGACCUAACAGAAUAUUAUUGAUAUUAUUAAUGUACUUUUUUUUUUUUGUAUGAAGUGCAAACAUUUUUGUCCCAAAGUCUAAGUACUUUCGUGCAGUAAAAUGUUGUUUCCCAGUCCUGUCAAGAAUUCGUAUAGUACGAGCCUGGAUCUACGUGUCAAACUGUUUCAUUUGUUUAUGUAAAGUGAUAUUAAAAAAACACAGAUAUAAACUAUAACUGUCCAUUGCUUUUGGCAAAAGAUACAACCACAUAAUGUAUAUAGAUCCUAGUUUCCAUAUUUAUCCGCAUGUAAAGGGGCCGGUUUAUUCAUGUUACAGCUAUUCAAUAUUUAUGGCUAGAACUCGUAUGUACACUUUAGUUUCCAGAACUGUUUGGUAAUUUUUCGUACCUUAUUAAAGAUUCUUCAGUCUCA